AUGUUGAAUGCUUAUUUAUAUCGACCCACAACCGCUGCAGCAGUUGCCCUAAUGUCCGGACUCCAAGGGCACCCGAAUGGUUAUCCUCAUCACGCUCAGCACCACUUGUCCCACUCUCAUCAUUCAAUGUCCCUCAACUCAGGCCUAUCAUCCUUACCCACCGUGGGCUCAGUUAAAUGUCAACUUCGCCGACACAAGUCCAAUCGAAAACCUCGAACUCCUUUUACCACUCAACAACUUCUCGCCUUAGAACGUAAAUUUAAAGCUAAACAAUAUCUUUCCAUUGCUGAAAGAGCCGAAUUCUCAUCUUCUCUUAAUUUAACCGAAACUCAGGUCAAAAUUUGGUUCCAAAAUCGUCGGGCCAAAGAGAAACGGUUAAAAGAAGCGGAAAUUGAAAAAAUUCGUAUGGCCUCAAGACCGGCGACCAUUUUAUCAUCUCAUCCGUUUUCACUUUCCUCCGGAUUCCCACCCAAUGGUCAUCAUCACCUCUCAUUACACCAUCACCACAAUCAAGCACAUCAUCCAUCAGUAUUAUCAUCCAAUGGUCUUCCUCAUCAUCAUGCUCAUAAUUUAAUCUCAUCUUCAUCACCUCCAAUAUCAUCAUCAUCCUCUAGUCAUCAUAAUCCUUAUCAAUAUCAAUCUAAUGUUAAUCCAUCAUCAUCCCAAUCUAAUCUUCAUCCAUUUGCUGGUUUAAUGUCCCACCUUAAUCUGUUGGCUCAAUCAAAUCUAUUUAAUAGUAACAAUAAUAAUCCAAUUAAUUCUGAUACUAGGAAAACAAUUAACUCAUCACCUUCACCUGGAUCAUCAUCUUGUAUGUAAUCAAGUUAAUCAUCAUCACAAAUCAUAUUAAGUUAAACAAGAUUAACAUUCUUACUCUUUGAUAAAAUCAUUAAUCAAUCAUUAAUCAUUAAAGAAUCAGCAUCUUAAUUGUGA